UGUUUGCAACUCAACAAAUGCAGCUAAAAGGGCUGUGUCUGUCUUUAUGAAGAUACUUUCACGGCACAUUUCACUGUAUGUGCAAAGUUACCACUUACUUAAGUUCACUGCUUACCAUCAUCCAAAACAGAAAGGAAGAGUCCUCUACGCCCGCAUCACUCACGGUGUGACGAGGAUGGCGGCAGUGCCGGCGUGUUGCAAGAUAGUGACCUCUAGAGAUCGUGACUGGCCGGAGCGGACCGGACCUAUAUAACGGCGGCGGCCGGUCCACACAGCAUCAGUCCAUCCGCAGCCCUCUCACGAAGAGUUCCUAUACAGCUCCACUGUCAACCAUGAAGGUGCUGGUGAUUGCUCUGUUGGCGGUGGCCGCCGUCUCUGCCGACCGCCCCCUGGGAAGGUCUGGUCCCGGCCAAAGCUACGGAGCUCCCCAGAGGAACGGAGGAGCCUCCCAGAGCUACGGAGCUCCUCAGAGGAACGGAGGAUCCUCCCAGAGCUACGGAGCUCCCCAGGGCAGCGCCUCCCAGAGCUACGGAGCUCCUCAGGGCAGCGCCUCCCAGAGCUACGGAGCUCCUCAGGGCAGUGCCUCCCAGAGCUACGGGGCUCCCCAGAACAGCUACGGCGCCGGCCAGGAGGAAUUCCCGCCGCAGCCGUACUCGUUCGAGUACGAGGUCAAGGACGACGAGGGCAACGACUACGGCCACAAGGAGGAGUCGGACGGCAGCCGCGUCGAGGGCGUGUACCGCGUGCUGCUGCCCGACACCCGCGUCCAGACCGUCACCUACUACGUGGAGGGCGACUCUGGUUUCGUGGCUGACGUCCAGUACGAGGGCGAGGCGCAGUUCCCCGAGGACAGCCAGAACGGCCAGUACGGCGCCGGCGCCCCCAACAACGGCUACGGCGCCCCGGCCGCUGCUGCCGCCCCCGUCGCGAGCUACAGCCAGCCGGCCGCCCCCAGCGGUGGCUACGGCGCCCCCAACGGUGGCGCCCGCACCCCUUCCACCGGAUACGGAUUCUAAAAUGAAUAGAUCACGAAGUCAGUAUGUAAACGAUUUCUGAGUGUGGUCAUGAACUUAUUUGAGAGAUUGAACACGUUUGUGUGAAUGUUAAUGUUGCGUGUUGUGUGUUUCUGAAGCGCUGAGUUUUAUUUAUACCUGUUGCAUUGUCUUUGCAUCACUGUCAAUAAAAAGUCCCACAUAUUUC